UGAUAAGUUAUAUGUACAUGCAUAUCAAAGUAUAGUUGGCUAAAUUAAAACCCGAAUAAGACACCAAAAAAUACUUACAGAAGAAAACAAAAAAUGGAGACUUACGUUGAUGCGAGUGGUGUAGACGAGACUGCAGCUGAGUCAUCUGUUGAAAAGCACAAGAAAAAGUUGAAAGUGAUGGUUGCAAUUGAUGAGAGCAAGAACAGCUUCGAUGCGUUGCAAUGGGUAGUGGAACAUCUCAGAGAUGUUAUUAGCGCCGAACCGGAAACUGGUCAAGAAGGCGGUUUACUUACGUUGGUUCAUGUUCAUCCAACGUACCUUCAAUAUAUCUACCCUUCUGGUGGAACUGCUUCGGCGGUGUAUGCCACAGAUUCAGUGCCCGAACAAGUGAGAAAAGCAAGAGAAGAGAGUACGACCAACUUAUUCACACGGGCGUUGGAGAUAUGCAGAGGCAAAAUGGUGAAGACAGAGACUAUGAUAUUGGAAGGAGAUCCUAAGGAGAUGAUAUGCCAAGCUGUCGAGCAAACCCACGUUGAUCUCCUUGUGCUUGGUAGCCGUGGACUCGGCAUGAUCAAAAGGGCGUUUUUAGGGAGUGUAAGUGACUACUGUGCCCAACAUGCGAAACGUCCAAUUCUCAUUGUGCGACCGCCUAGAGAGACUUCAACUAGCAGCACGAAGGAACACAAGAUCAAGUGAGGAAGGAAACCAUGUUAUGAUCACUUCUAUUUCAUAUCGUUUGUACUUGUUCGUAGAGAACAAAAAAAGUGUGCCAAUGAACAAUAAUCGAACUUUAUACGGUGUACUUUGGUUCUUGGAAA